GCAUGGACACGCGCUGUAGUCUAUAUAAUGUCAGACAUUGAAACUCGAGACUUGCCAUCAUCCUCGCAACCAUCCCGCCUCCAUCAUCCUGCCUCUAUCAGCCAUAUCUCGACAUGCUGCUAAAAUUCAUGUCCACGGACGUCUUCCAGUCCGCGAUUCUUGACGACACGACCGGCGAUCUCGCAUUCCGUACUAAAACACAUCGGCCACGGCGCACCCGCUCCGGAUCGCAAGCAAGCAAUAGCAGCUUCGCCUCAAUCCGGUCCUUGGAGAAAUGUCCAAUGGCCUCAGGCUCGUCUGAGCCUCAUAUAACAUUAGUGGAGGAUGCCGAGGGAAACAUCGUCGCAGACGUCACCUGGGAAGGGGACAAUGCCGUUCUCAUCCGGAUAGGCGAUGAGUGCAUCAAGGGUACUGCUGAAUUAUUUGACGCGGCAUUUAUGAGGAUAUUACCGGAUGGAGUUUUGAUGCCAACUAGGAUGGAAUAUACGUGGAGGUUGGCAUCAGAUUGUCUCACGCUGCAAAAUCACAUCCGCUCUGGAGCAGGAUCUUCGUUAAUCCCAGCCUCCGCGCCUCGCGCAGGACAUGACUAUGUUGACUUGAGAGCGUUACCGGAAGAUGAGAUCUUGGAGAUGCUGGUUUGUUAUCUGCUGCUUAGCAGUUUGCGGGAACGGAUGUACUCCAUAAAGCCUCAAGCAUACAGUCACACUCGAAACCAGAGGACAACACAGCGACAGCCACUGUCGCUGUCAACGCUUAGACGACAUGCUACACGUAGCGUGGCAUGUCUACGAAAUACGUUUCGUCGAACGGUCACAUGAAAUACACUUUUGACGUCGGACCUGUUCAGUAUCCUCUACUCUGCCGUUAUACCCUUCAGACAUACCGCGGCUCCUGGGUUUCAACUGCUUUCUCAUC